UAAACUAACUAAAUAUAUAAUGGGUUAUUAUUCUUUGUGGAGUGUUUGUUGUGUGAUAUUGGCAUGGUUUGUUUCAGUUGGAAUAUGCGGCACACCAAGGAGACCCAUGGCGGUUCCAUUUGGAAGAAACUAUGUUCCAACUUGGGCUUAUGAUCACAUCAAAUAUUUGAAUUCUGGUUAUGAUGCUCAGCUUCUUCUUGACAAGUACACGGGUACUGGCUUCCAAUCCAAAGGUUCAUACUUGUUUGGUCACUUCAGCAUGGAUAUAAAGAUGGUUGCUGGAGAUUCCGCUGGAACAGUCACUGCUUUCUACUUAUCUUCCCUAGGAACAGAGCAUGAUGAGAUAGACUUUGAGUUCUUAGGUAACAGAACAGGACAACCUUACAUUUUGCAAACAAAUGUAUUCACCGGUGGCAAAGGUGAUAGAGAACAAAGAAUCUAUCUCUGGUUUGAUCCUACCAAAGAAUACCACAGAUAUUCAGUUCUAUGGAACUUGUAUCAAAUUGUAUUCUUUGUGGACAACAUCCCAAUUAGGGUGUUCAAGAACAACAAGCGAAUGGGUGUGAAAUUCCCAUUUAACCAACCAAUGAAGAUCUACAACAGCCUAUGGAACGCAGAUGAUUGGGCCACAAGGGGUGGUUUGGAGAAAACAGAUUGGUCGAAAGCACCAUUCAUAGCUUCCUACAAAGGCUUCCACAUUGAUGGUUGUGAAGCCUCCGUUGAAGCCAAGUUCUGUUCCACUCAAGGUAAGAGAUGGUGGGACCAACAAGAAUUCAGAGACCUUGAUUCUUAUCAAUGGAGGAGGCUUAGAUGGGUCAGAAGGAGAUUCACCAUUUACAACUAUUGCAGUGAUAGAACAAGGUACCCUCAGAUGCCACCUGAAUGCAGAAGAAACGGUGACUAUUGAUAUGUCAAUCAAUUUUAAUUGAAUUUUUAUGUGAUUAAUAAUGUUUCAAUUCAUAACAGUUUUUUUUCUUUGUAUAUUUUAUUGCUCAUUUUUUCCCAUAUAUAUGUACGCACGCAUUCAUCAUUAUUUCAUCAAUAAAAUGCCAAUUUGUUGUAUGGAUUAUG